AUGAAGAAACGUAUACCGGAAGAUGCUGAGGGACACAGUCAUCUUACGGCAGAGACUUUAUUUCCAACCAAAUUAGAAAUUCUCUUCCAAGCAGUUAGACUGGGAGAUGUAAACACCAUUUUGGACUUGUAUGAAAAGAGAAUGAAACUACAUACAGUAAAUGAGCAUGAUGGCAACACUGCUUUGCACAUUGCAUCGAUGAAUGGGAAUGUUCUCAUAUGUCGUCUUCUGAUUGUUUUCUCAACUCCCAUCAAGCUAUGGAAAAUUAGAAACAAGCGUGGGUUGAUAGCUGAGGACUUGGCUUGUAAUGAACGGAUAAAAGAAGAUUUACAAAUGAUUGGAGAAAAGUAUGCUCCAUAUGACGAUGUGAGCAUGAAAGAAAAUCUGAGAAUAUUGAACUCAAUUAAGUCCUGGCCAAGUUCUGCAAAAGUGUUGCUCUCACUUGAUGGGGGAGGAAUCAAAGUGUUGGCUUUGUUACAAGUUUUAAUAUUCCUUGAUUCCUAUAUUUCUGGGGGCUUUUUGAGUAAAAUUGAUAUGAUAGCCGGAACGAGUUGUGGAGGAAUUACGGCUUUGCUCAUCGGACAAGAUCAUUUGCCGGAAAAUAUGAGACGCCAUUUCUUCGAAAUGAGGAACGAGGUUUUCUGUGGAAACAAGGAAAAAUUCCCAAAGCAUUCAUCAGAAGGAUUUGAAAAGACGUCGAAAGCAAUUUUCGGAAAGAAAUCUAAAAUGAGUAGUCUUUCCAAAAGAGUGUUUGUGACUGUCGCUGACACGUUAACAACUCCUCCGAACUUGGUGCUUUUCCGUUCAUACCUUCCACGCAUACCAAAAGAGAUCUGCAGACAGAACAAGUUCCUGGAUCCAUCACGGAUAUUACUAUGGAAGGCAGCUAGAUGUACUUCAGCUGCUCCAUACUUUUUUGAAUCUUUCAAUGGCUUGUCCGAUGGUGGGCUGGUCGCCAAUAAUCCCACACUGGCGAUGAUGACCGAGUUCUUCAAUAUUUUAAAACUGGAAACUCAUUACUCAGAUAUUAAUGAGGAAAAAGAGAAAAUCGGACUUGUUAUAUCCAUCGGGACCGGUAUUGGACCACCAGAAAAAACCAAAGGCAUUGAUCUCAACUUGAAGAACUUGGAUAAGAAAAACCCAAUACGAUUAGCCCGUGGGUUAAUGAAUGUCGUAACAACAGCCAAAACUGCUUUCCAUCUACUGAUUAAAGAGGUCACAUCAUCACAGGGAAUGCCUGUGAAAACGGCUCGAGCUUGGUGUCAUUCUCUAAGUAUUCCUUACUUCCGUUUCAAUCCCAUGCUUAAUUCAGAUGUACCGCUUGAUUGUACAAAUGUCGAGAAAAUAGUCAACAUGAUGUGGGAAACAGAGCUCUACCUUCGAAGUACAGCCAUUCAUGAGUUCAAACACUUGGCAGAAUUACUGAGGAUGAAGACAAAUUAG